AUGUCAAACUCGACGCCCUCGCACAGCGCCCAGCACGACAGCGCCUCGCCGCCUGCGAAGUCGGCCUCGCAGCAGCCCCAGCACACCCGUACCUACCAGGCCUGCAUCCCCUGCCGCCGCCGCAAGGUGCGCUGCGACCUGGGCCCCGUUGACAACCCUCACGACCCGCCGUGCGUGCGCUGCCGCCGCGAAAGCAAAGAGUGCUUCUUUUCCGCCACCCGCCGCAAGCGAAAGCCCCAGGAUGGCGGCGAGGGCCUUGAGGAUGAAGAGCCCGCCGACUUCGAGGUCCACAACGGCCGCAAGCGCCUACGCGAAGACUCUGAGACCCCGCGCCGCCCCAGCUUCGUCCAGCAGCCGCCCAUACAACGCCCGCUGACGCCCGGGGGUUCGGUUGGCCGCCUGCAGCCCCUGCGCCGUCCCAACGCCAGUCAGCAGUCCUCACACGAUGAUCAGCAGCAGGUAAACAAUGAGACCACUGCCAUCCUGCAGUCGAAAGAGGUCUUCAGUGGCCAUGACGCCCUCAACCUGCUCUUCGAGGCUGCCGGCCGCACCGGCGACAUCGAGCACCACAGAUCCGACAGCACCACCAUGCACCAACGCACCAUGAGCACCGCCUCUCUGAGCGCCACCACCCCCGGCUCCCAGCCGAAUCUGACCAGCCCUGGGAUCAACGGCUCUCAGCCUUACCCUAGUCCGGGCACCCGCUCCACCACCGAACCUGUGAUAGAUCCGGCCAUCGCACAAGGCCAAGUACAGAGCGAAGUAAACACCCAAAGCGGCUUCGAGCAGGCUAUCAAGGCAUGGUCGCGGUUCCGGUUCGUCCGUGCAGGCUGGUUCACCGCCAGAGAAGGCAUCGCAUAUUUGGACUACUUCUACAGGUAUCUGUCGCCGCUAACACCCAUUGUCGUGCCCAACUUCGAAAAGUAUGAGUCCCAUAUCACUCUGCUCACCGAGGAGCCCAUGCUCGUUGUCACUCUCCUGACCGUAUCCUCACGCUACAUGACCUUGACUGGCCCCGGCUCCAGCUCCCGCCCGUACGCGAUUCACGAAAAGUUAUGGAGCUAUCUGCAGGGCAUGAUAGACCGCAUGAUUUGGGGCCAGGAACAGUUCGGCGGCGGAUUCUGUGGUGCCGGUGCCCAACAAGGUUGCGAUGUCAACCCGCUAUCUCGAAAGGGUCUCCGCACCUUAGGAACCGUUGAGAGCUUAAUGCUCCUCACCGAGUGGCACCCCCGCGCUUUACACUUUCCCCCAGGAGAUGAUGAUGACGAACUCAUGGCCCCUGAUGAGGAGAUGAUGGCUAACAUGGCCAACGGUUGUCUGUCUGAGGCGGUGAACGACCAGUACAGAGGGGUAGGCGGUCAGAGGAUCGACAACUGGCUGGAACCUUGUUGGAGGAGCGACAGGAUGUGCUGGAUGCUGCUCGGAAAUGCCCUGGCUUUGGCCUAUGAAAUCGGCGUCUUCGACGACAAGAGCGAGACCGACUUCAACGAAGAGAACAAACACCUUCCGCCUGCGAAAGUCGAGGCUUACUAUCGGCGGAAGAACCAUCUCCGCGAACUUCUGUUGAUCUACAUCACGCAAACCAGUGGUCGAGUCGGGCUUACUUCGAUGCUUCCACGCUCGCAACGAGACAAGACGUUUCUCAAGAGCCCUGAUGACCGCUUGCAAGAUCGCUUCUCGAUGCUGAAAAGAACCGGGAAGAUCAUCCGCGAGGAAGCUGGUAGUUCGCCGAACACGGAGAGAAGGAUCAACAGCCAGGAAAUGGUCUUGUACUUCUGGAUGGAGAUCGCCGUUAUUAUGGAGAAAGGCAAUCAGGACAUGUUCUCCAACCGCCGCCGCACCCGAGAGCUUAUCAGGACACAAGAGUACAAGAAGCUUUUGGCCGAGUUCCAGCCUAUUCUCAGAGAAUUCCGCCACCACUUGGACAGGUAUAAGAAUAUUAUUCCCAAACUUAUGCACGACGUCUUGGCAAUUGAGUAUGAGUACAGCAGAGUCUACAUCAACUCCCUGGCGCUGCAAGCCGUGGUUGAAAGAUGCGUCACGAAUACGCAUGCCGCCGCCGCGGCUGCUGCCAGUGAUGCGAACGGUAUGGGCUCCUUGCCGACUGGUACGAUUCCUCCUCACAUGCUUGUGCGGUGGUACGGUGAUGACCGUCACUUCAUUCGAGAGGUUAUUGAUGGCUGCCGCAACGUGCUGCAAAUCGUCACCAAGGGUCUGGAACCUGGCGGUUAUUUGAAGCACGCGCCUGUGCGGACAUUCUUUCGCAUCAUCUCCGUCACCAUUAUCCUGCUCAAGACCUUUGCACUUGGCGCCACAGAAGAUGACGUUGCGCUUUCUCUUGGCCUGAUGGAGGAAGCCGUCUCAGCAUUGCGCAACUGCAUUGUCGAUGAUGUGCAUGUGGGAAAUCGUUUCGCAGAUAUGCUAAUCACUCUGAUCACCCGUAUCAAGUCCCGCUUUGUGCGCAUGGCAGGAUCGGGCUCCGGGAGAGGUUCACUACAGGCCAGCCGCGCCACAAGCCAAAGCCCAAGCCUGCCUACCGCGUCCGGUAUUACGUCCAAUCAGCAGAAUUUCAACAAUCCUAUGAUGCCACCCCCUCAUCCGGGCCAUGGAUACAACAAUAGCGGCGCCAACGGUAACAAUCCCCAGUGGCCCAACUACAGCUCUAGCGGCCUGAGUGGUCCUGCCAGUCCUGUUGCUUCCAAUGGUCGUGCAACGCCAAACCCCAGCCACCCACUUUGGGGUAUCAGCACUGAGACAUAUGAUCCAGGAUCGAAUAAUGUUUCAAUCAUGCCGCCGCCGACAUUUGGUUCGCCCUACAACCCGCAAAAUCAACUUUCGAAUAACAAUGGCGGAAGUGGAGGUGGUAGCGGCAGCAACAACAACAACAAUAACAGCAACAGCAAUCAGUUCGCUGGGUUCGGUAGCGACAACGGCGAUUACGGCGGCUUCGGGAAUGGCGGAGCCGACUGGUUGGCGCUUCCCCUCGACCCACUUCUGAACUCGUAUGGCGCAGACGUAAACAGCAACGCCUAUGGGCCAGAUGUUGGAGGCUACGAUCUACUAGACGUGCUUUUGAAUGGGACGGAGAACAUGGGUUGA